AUGAAUUCUAUUAAAUCAUUGGUUACCUCAUUUGAUAAACUAUAUUCCAACAAUGAAGAGUCCGCACUUAUGGAUGAGAGUUUAGAAGAAGAAUACGAUGAAGAGGAUUCAAAACAAGAUGAGGAAUUGGCAGUAGAAGAAGCACUAGAGGAGGAUGAAGAUGAAGAAGAAGAAGAAGAAAGGAAAUCGUUGGGAGAGAAACGAGAUGUUGACCAAUCUAUACGACAAGUUGUGAUUGCCGAUGAUGAUGAAGACAUUGAAGAGGAUGAUGAAACUAUUAAUUUACUUGAAUCUAAAUCAUCUUAUAACGAUCAACAAGAACUUACUCCUCCGAUUUCUACUACUUCUACGUCUACUACUACUACCACCAAAGAUAAAUCACGUCGUUCUUUUUUCUAUAUGAUUUUUGUUGAUUGGAACCCACUUGUUUGGACUUACUUAUUGGUCACUUUCCCAUUCAGAUACAUUAUAUAUUUAUUCAUACGGAAGGAUUCACAAUCUAGCCCAUCUAAAGAUACAAAAGGUCAAGAUCAUGAACAACAAAAGCCACAAUCAUCAUCAUCACAACUAAUACCACCAGGAAUCAUUACUCAAUUACCAGACGAACUUUCAUCAUCCGAAAUUGCCCCUCGCGAACGGCAGCCAUCUAUAGACAGCACAGCCAGUAAUAACAUUAGUGAAGCAGAAGAAGAUAUGCUCAUACGAGACAAUAGUGAAGACAAUCUUACCACAACAAAUAUAAUCAAAAAUAAAAACAUAACUACAUUAAAAACAACCACCAUUAUAAAUAAUGCCAAAUCUAGAUCAUCAAAUAAAUAUUGGAUUCCCGCUCCACCACGAUUAUAUCCCAUGUCCCGAUCUAAAUCCAAUGUUAAAAAAAAGAAAAUACUUAUCUUGGAUCUUGAUGAAACAUUGAUUCAUAGUUUGAAUAAACUGUGGAUUCGUUCAAGUACUCAAUCAAAAAUGAUUGAAAUCAAAUUGAAUAAUAUAUCAUCAUUAUAUUAUGUGCAUAAACGACCAUUCUGUGAUUAUUUCCUUCAAGAAACCCUGCAGUGGUUUGAAUUACAAAUAUUCACGGCUAGUGUUAAAGAAUAUGCCGAUCCAAUUAUUGAUUGGUUGGAAAGUGAAGUAUUAGACAAAUUAAAGAAAAAAGGUAUGGAUAAUAACAAUAAUAGCAACAGCAACAGCAACAGCACCACCACCAAUACUAUCAAUAAUAUGAAUGGUGAAGAACCAAAUAAGAUAUUUACUAAAAGGUAUUAUAGAAAUGAUUGUACUUAUAGAUCAGGAGUUGGAUAUAUUAAAGAUUUAUCUAAAUUUAUAAGAGAUGAUGAUUUAAGAAAUGUAAUGAUUUUAGAUAAUUCUCCCAUUAGUUAUGCAUUACAUGAAGAAAAUGCCAUAUCUAUUGAAGGGUGGAUUAAUGAUCAAAAUGAUCGGGAUUUAUUGAAUUUAUUACCAUUAUUAAAAAGUUUAAGUCUUGCUAUUGAUGUUCGAUAUAUUUUAGGAUUAAAAAAUGGAGAAAAGUUUUUUGAAUAA